AUGAAGGGAAUUGAGGCAAAGAUCAUUGUGAAACCUGACAGCAAACCAAAGUUUUGCCAAAAACGCACGGUACCAUAUGCAAUCAAACCCAAAGUGGAUGCUGAAUUGACCCGAUUGCUAGAAAAUGGAGUAGUGUCACCAGUGCAAUUCAGUGAUUGGGCAACACCGAUUGUACCUGUUAUCAAGAAGGAUGGCACAGUGAGGCUAUGUGGUGACUUCAAGGUUACGGUAAACCCUGCUCUGUGUAUUGAACAGUACCCAAUCCCAUGCAUCAAAGAUUUGUUUGCAGCUCUAGCGGCAGAUCAGUGCUUCAGUAAGUUGGAUUUGUCCAACGCCUACUUGCAAAUGACGGUGGAAGAGCAAUCUAGGAAGUACCUGACUAUUACAACACAGAAAGGUCUGUACUGUUACAACCGCUUACCUUUUGGUAUUGCUUCAGCUCCUGCAUUGUUCCAGAGGGCCAUGGACCAGAUAUUACAGGGACUGUCUGGUGUUCAUUGCUACCUUGAUGAUAUAUUGGUCACAGGUAGAAACGAGAUUGAACAUCUUAACAAUCUGGAUGCUGUUUUGCAACACCUGGAUGAGUAUGGCCUACGUGUUCAGAAGGACAAGUGUGAGUUUUUUAUACAAUUAUUGGAGUAUCUGGGACACAUCAUUGAUACUACGGGCUUACACAAGUCACCUGGAAAGGUUACAGCUAUCGUGGAUGCGCCUGCACCAGAAAAUGUGAGUCAGUUGCGAUCGUUUCUAGGACUGUUAAACUAUUACAGUAGGUUUAUACCUAACCUAGCAACCAUUCUGAGUCGACUAAAUGCGUUAUUGUGUCAAGGAAAGCAAUGGCAGUGGACUAAGGACUGUGAAAAGUCAUUUAAGAUGGCUAAGGAACAGUUAGUGUCAUCAGAGGUUUUAACUCACUUUGAUGGAAACCUUCCAAUUACCCUUGCUUGCGAUGCUUCACCAUAUGGAGUGGGGGCGAUUAUUUCUCAUGUCCUUCCUGUUGGAGAAGAAAGACCAAUUGCGUUUGCAUCCAGGACUCUCAGUAAGGCUGAGCAGAAGUAUGCACAAAUCGAGAAGGAGGCUCUUGGAAUAGUAUUCGGUGUACGGAAAUUCCACCAAUACUUAUAUGGCAGGAAGUUCACAUUAUUCACAGACCACCGACCCCUCACAACCAUUUUUGGUCCAAAGAAGGGAAUUCCAUCAUUAGCAGCAGCCAGACUGCAACGUUGGGCUUUACUGUUAUCUGCCCAUACAUACGACAUUGAAUACAGGAAAGGCUCCAAUAUUGGGAAUGCUGAUGGACUGUCAAGAUUACCAUUGGACAAACCUGACACAUGCGGGCUAGAAGCCAACCCUGCUGUAAAGACACCAUUCUACGCAAGGCGCCAUGAACUGUCUGUGUACCAAGGGUGCUUAAUGUGGGGUAUCCAUGUUGUCAUACCUGCAAAGUUAAGAAGCAGAGUAUUGGAUAUGCUACAUGAAGGACAUUCUGGAGUAGUCAGAAUGAAGGCCAUAGCAAGGAGUUACAUCUGGUGGCCUGGAAUAGACACACAAAUUGAGGAGAAGGCAAAAUCUUGUACAUCAUGUCAACGUGUCCAAAAUAUGCCAAGUCAUGCACCUCACCACCCAUGGGUAUGGCCAGGUAGACCAUGGCAACGUAUUCACAUUGAUUUUGCAGGUCCUUUUAACAGACAAAUGUUUCUCAUCGUGGUGGAUGCUCACUCGAAGUGGCCUGAAGUUUUCAUACUGGAAUCCACCACUGCGGCGAAGACCAUUCAGGUUCUGAGAGGACUAUUCAGUCACUAUGGUAUUCCAGAACAGCUUGUAAGUGACAAUGGCCCACAGUUCAUCUCUAGCGAAUUUGAAGCAUUCUUGAAAACCAAUGGCGUAAAACAUAUCAGGUCUGCCCCAUACCAUCCAGCAACGAAUGGUUUGGCUGAACGCUUUGUUCAAACCAUGAAGCAUGCACUCAAGUUGGCGAAGGAAAGUGCCACUACUAGUAAAAAACUAGAUAAUUUUUUACUUGUGUAUAGAAACACUCCUCAUGCAACAAAAGAUGAAUCUCCAGCAAUGUUGUUUUUGAAACGCAAUCUGCGCAAACGAUUGGAUCUGCUAAAACCAGACAUGUCUUUACAUGUUGAAAAGAAUCAGGGGUUGCAAAUAGCACAACGACAAAACAGUGCGAAGGACAAACAAUUCCAAGUCGGUCAGGCAGUGCUGGCGCGGAAAUAUCGUAAGGGAGAUAAAUGGAUUCCAGGAGUUGUUACUGCCAAAACUGGACCUGUCUCAUACACUGUGGAUGUGGGAACUGGAAUGUCUUGGAGACGUCAUGCUGACCAGCUACUGGAUUGUGUUGGCACCCAUUCGAAUGAAGAUCCUGCAGCAGAAAUAUUACCAACCCUGACAGAGCCUACUGAGGUUUACACAGCAUGUUCACCAACUGCAAACACAACUUCCAAGGGGGUCAUUGAGGCUGAAACCAAUGCUAAAGAACCUUUGUUUCCACCUGCAACGAACCAAGAUGUACACAUGGCAGAACCGUCACCAAAUGCUGUUGAGAGACGCUAUCCUGUUCGGAGUAAGAAAGCUCCCAACCGUUUGACUUUUUAA